AAUAACAAGGCAAGGGGAGAGCUGGUGAAAGAGGGAAGAGCUAUGAAAAAGCGAGGGAGAAGGUGAAAUCACAGCAACACAGAGAAGAGACCAAACGAGAAGGAGAGGAAGGAUGAGUGGAGGACGCAGCGCUGAUCAGUGAGGUCUCCGGAGAGGGAGAGGAGAGAGGAAAGAAAGGAGAUGAACAAGGAGAGAGGGGUAAGCAGCCAGCUCAGAGAACAUCCAUCAGCUCAGGCAGCCAUGCUCUGAGCCCUGGAGCAGCAGGGCUACGCAGAUACUGCUUGGGCCUAUCAUCAGGCCUACAGCUCAGCCCUCCAUCCCAGCCACAAACACCGGGGCAGGGACAAAAGAAGAUUCGCCUCGUAUCAGCUGUGCACAAGAGCCAUGAGGACAGCGAGGAAGGGCAGCGUGGAGAUGCCUGCGUUUGUGCGGCAGCUGGUGAAAGAAACGGAAAAGAGGGUCAGCUCUUUCUUCAAGGGAGGCCGUGGAGGAGCAGCAGAGGGAGAGCAGCCAGCUGAGGGGGAGAAGGAGGAAGUCAUCCCCAGCCCUUACCUGGACCGCCCUGUCCUGGACAAGCUAACAGAGGAGGGCUGCGCCCGCUGGGGCCUCACCUACGCCCUAGGAAGCAUGCAGGGCUGGAGGGCCAACAUGGAGGACUUCCACAACUGCGUGCCACAGCUGGGUGGAGAGCUAGCUGAGUGGAGCUUCUUCGCUGUGUUUGAUGGUCAUGCAGGAAGCGCCGUGGCACAGUACUGCUCCCAACACCUCCUUGGUCACAUCCUGGCCACAGGCGGCAUGGGACCAGAGGACGACCCUGAAAAGGUGAAAUCAGCCAUCAUCGACGGUUUCCUGCAGACUGACAAGCAUCUGCUCUCUGUGGCCCGUCGAGAAGGCUGGGAAAGGGGGGGCACCACUGCGGUGGCCACUCUCAUCUCGCCAUAUUACAUCUACUUUGCCAACUGCGGAGACUCCAGGGCCAUGCUGUGCCGGUCCGGGCAGGUUUGCUUCUCUACUGAGGACCACAAACCGUACAACCCUCUGGAGAAAGAGCGCAUCGAGGCCGCAGGUGGCUCGGUGUCCCUGCAACGGAUCAACGGCUCCCUGGCAGUGUCCCGCGCCCUGGGGGACUUCAGCUACAAGGGGGUGGAGAACCGGACGCCCAGCCAGCAGAUGGUGUCACCAGAGCCGGAGGUUUGCGUGGUGGAGCGCUCACCAGCAGAUGAGUUCCUGGUGCUCGCCUGCGACGGGGUUUGGGACACCAUCAGCAACGAGGAGCUGUGCGCCUUCAUCCAGAACCGGCUGCGUGUCUGCACGGACCUGAGGGAUGUCUGCGCACAAGUCAUUGACCUCUGUCUCUACAAGGGUAGCCUGGACAACAUCAGCAUCAUCCUGCUCUGCUUCCCUGGAGCCCCCCAGCUAUCAGCGGAGGCACUGCACCAAGAGGCCGAACUGGAGGACCUGCUGGAGUCCAAAGUGGCAGAGAUUUAUGACGAGCUGUGUGCCAGAGGAGAAGAGCCUGACCUGCUGUCUGUCCUCACGGUCCUCGCGUCCACCUUCAUCCCAGGUCUACCACCAGGUGGAGGCAUACAGAGCAAGAGGAACUGCAUUAUUUCUGCUUACUAUCAGCAGCGGGAGACGCACAAACCUACAGUACCAAAUGGCCUGGGAGGCUCUUCAGAAUCCCAUCAGGAUUUUGUCUCCAAGGAUCCGUGGAGGAGCUGUGAUUAAUGUGAAUAUUAAAAUUGUUUUCUUUAUGUGUGCAAUCCGACAAAAGAAGGGAGUUGAUGAGCAGACACUGGUGUAUGUUUACAUCAUGCUAGAAAUCAGCAUAUUGUCAUAACAAAUACGAUGCAAAAAUAGAUCUAUUAAAGCCUGAUACUUUAUAUUUAUACAAGAAGGAUAUUUUGUAAAACUUAACUCAGAGACACUGACCCAGCAACAAACCUCUGCCUCGUAUUCAGUGAACACAAAUACACUUAAAUUCAAAUGACAGCCUGUAAAACUGAACAACAGCCAACUGUGAACUUGUGUACACGCUCAUUGGAUUAAACAUUAGUUCGUGUGAUGUCGUAUCUCAAACGUGACAUUUUAAGAGUAGACAUAUCAAAAGAAUCAUUAAGAGUUCACGUUUGCCUUUCGUCUCCCUGAAAAGAAAUAUAUGUUGAGACAUCGUCAGUGUAAGCCAAAAGCAUGCAUUUUAUCCAUUUGUACCAACAGGCGAUGCUAACAGCGUGAACAGUUUGGCAGCUCAUGGAAAUGCACAAAUCUAUAUUUUCUCCUCUGUGCCCAAAAGUGACAGGCAAAUAAACACAGAUCACACGUUUAAUUCUACACACACAUGAAGAAAAAAUACAUUUCACAAUCUAUAGAUGUAAUCAUGCCAUAUCUUUUCUGAAGAGGUGUUUGCUUUUACCUCUUUUCCCCAGAGAUAUAACAAUGAGAAACGAACGGUUUUCGAUUCCACUUUGUCGACUCCAGUUUUAGAUGAAUAAGUUCUAUGUAUACAUGUUCUGCAGUUCUCUCUAAAUCUAAACAUUUGUAGACAUAUUCCUAAAAGAAGUUCAUGUGAAAUGUAUUUUUUCAAUGCAUUGGAUGAUAUGUACUGUGCUGCCUUAUUCAUCUUUUACAUAGUUGAUGAACAGCAUCAGAAUGGAUCAGGAUGGGUUAUUAUACCUGUGUCAUACGACAUUGUUACAUUAUUAGUGAGUUAUUUUCUGUGUAUAGACAUAAACUGAUAAGAGUCAUGAUCGUUUUGAAUCUAAAUAAAAAGAUGUUCCAAUGA